GUGUCGUCGUCGAUUUGCUGUCGCUGAUGCAAAGAGGCCCAGCGUGAUUAUAGAGGCUGAUCCGUGUGAUCCUUAUUCUAUGGGCCUGCUGGCACGCUGCUGUCCUGCGGUGGCGUAAAGUUUCACACAGAAAACCCACACAGGACGUGACAGCAAACUAUUCGCACUGGACUGGACAAGGAGGACGAUGCUGUCGCUCAAGCACGUCCACAGAAGUGGCCUCCUCCAGGCCUUGUCUACAGCGUGUCGUCACAACAGCACGCUCGUCAUCGCUGACCACAGCGGGGGCCAGAUGCUGCCGUCGACAUUGAAUGCCAUAGCUGCGGCGAAAAAGAUCGGUGGCGAGGUUGCGUGCCUUGUUAUUGGCAAGGAUGUGUCUGGUGUUGCAGCUCAAGUUGGCAAAGCUGAAGGGCUUCAGAAACUUCUCUUGGCUGACAAUGCUGCCUUUGAAGGCCUUUUACCAGAACGUCUGGCACCUGUUGUUCUGGCCACAUGCAAGCAGUUCAACUUUACCCACAUGGUUGGUGCGUCAACUGCAUUUUCAAAGGGUCUGCUGCCUAGGGUAGCCUCAAAACUAGACGUGUCUCCCGUUUCCGACGUGCUCGACAUCAAGUCCCCUGACACCUUUGUUCGUUCCAUCUAUGCAGGUAAUGCUAUUCAAACAAUCAAGGCAAAGGACCCAGUGAAAGUGCUACUUGUCCGAGGGACCUGUUUUGAUGCUGUUGGCCAUGGCAGCUCUAGUGUCUCACCUGAAAGUGCACCAACUGCUGAAUUUGACACCAGCAAAUCUGCGUUCGAGGGCCAGGAACUGAGCAAGAGUGAACGGCCAGAGCUGACCAGUGCGAAGAAGGUCAUCUCUGGAGGACGAGGCAUGAAGAGUGGAGAUAACUUCAAGAUGCUCUACGAUCUGGCGGACAAAAUUGGAGCAGCUGUUGGUGCCUCUCGAGCUGCUGUGGAUGCUGGCUUUGUGCCCAAUGACAUGCAGGUUGGGCAGACGGGCAAGAUUGUGGCUCCGGAGCUAUAUGUGGCAGUGGGAAUCUCUGGUGCCAUUCAGCACCUUGCUGGCAUGAAAGACUCCAAGACCAUUGUAGCCAUCAACAAGGACCCUGAAGCACCAAUCUUUCAAGUGGCCGACCUUGGCCUUGUAGCAGAUCUCUUCAAGGCUGUUCCCGAGAUGCUCAGCAAGAUAGACAAGUACGUCACCAAGUGAUAAUGGGUACACUGUUACUAAUAAACACAUUUUCCACAUACGAGUCGAGAGCUCGGUCUUAUGAAAGGCCAGUCUGUUGGAGCUUCGUUCUGGACCAGUAGGUCGUGGCAACACACUGUGCAAGAUUUUAGAAAGGGACCAGGGCAAGUAAAUAAAAACAGGGACUGUUUCGUUA